GUCAGAUACUUGGGUUCCACUCUGCUGCCCUUGUAUCGUCCCUCAUACGGUCGUCAUGUGAAUAUCAAGCAAGAGAUCUCCUCGGCAUAGGACCACCGACAAAAUGCCACCACCAUCGUCACAAGCACAGCGGCAAAGGCGAUGGGCUCCGAAAGUCAGGACUGGAUGUAAGACUUGCAAGAUACGGCACAGACGCUGCGACGAAGGGAAGCCGCAUUGUAUGAGGUAACGACGACCCGACUUCGACAUGCCACACGCUAAGGUCGAUCAAGAUGUCUGAAAGACAAGUUUCGUUGUGACGGAUACGAACCUCCGAAGACGUGGCUGUUUGAGCCAUCUCGCAAAGUCGAGCCCGAGCCGUCGGCGCCAGAUCCACGUCCCUUGCAAUCAUUAUCGCCGGACCGAGGACCUCUUACAUCCCCAAUAACAGCAAGCAAUAGGAAUCAGACUCUUUCCGAUUUCUCUAAGCUCCUUCUCGAACCCUCGAGCCCGUGGAGGGCGGAUGUGGACCAAAGCUAUACCCAGCUGUUCCUCCUCAAAACUGCGCCUCUUCUUUCUUCUACCAGAAAGUGGCAUCACUUCUGGCAAUCCAUUGUCCCUCAAGCGGCUUGGCAGAAUCCAUCGGUCCAUCAUGGGAUGGUGGCGGUGGCAGCUACCUUUGAUUCUUAUGUUUCGAGGACUGACCACACCAACCUGAUCCUGGAGCAGAGAGCCCAGGCUGUCCGCGCGUUCUCCGACCAGCCUCCAUCGUGGGAUAUCGCGCUGAUCGUUUGCCGAUUGUUCUCCUCGAUGGCUCAGUGCAAUGAGGAUUUCCCCGCCGCCAUGGCGCAUAUGAAAAGCGGAGAGAAGAUUCUCCGAGAAGCGACGCAACACGGACACACACAGUCCGAAAUAGUGCGGCUGAUGGCUGCUACCUUCAUGGGUCUAUCGGCCGAUGCGAACAAUGACCUCAAUGUCAUCAAACGAUUCCCUCUGGGCAAGCGCCAGGCUUUUCUCGAGCUCAAGGUCAUAGGCUCUGACUACGCAAGGCUGCUUCGCCGGAUAGCGCAAAUGCACCACCGUGACCUCGAUACGCCGACGAUGGGGUUUCUGUCCGUCGCCUUCACGACGAUGAACCAAGCAAUCAGCUCUGCCAUGUACCCGGACAUCCUAGUGUUUACUGGAGAUGAUGGGGUCGUAUCCGCGGCGGAGGUCCGCAGCCAUCUGACGCGGGAAGAUUCCUUGCUGACCCUUGACGACUUGAUCAUCAUGUAUCCAUGCCUAUUGUAUGAGCUGGAACAAUAUGUGGAGGCCCGGGCCGCGGGCAGAGCUGGCCCAGAGGUGUCGUCUCUGGAAGGGCUGAAGCAGCGGCUCAAGGUUCUUGUGGAUAACUACGUCGUGCAAGUGUCGGCGAUCGAGCCCCGAAUGACGGCCGGGACGUUUUGGCUCGACGAUGAAGCGAUUCCGGGGUGCUUGAUGGACAAGCACCUCGACCGGCCCCAGAUCGGGGUGAGCCCGUGCUUCGGUCGUGAGGAUGCCGCUGGGCACGACGACCCGGUUGUGCGCGAGCGGAGGCAGUAUUACCACGAGUAUGUCUGUCAGUACCGGAGCGGCUUCAUGGGUUGAUUACUCAAUGGUGAUGGGGAGACGGGUGCGGGAGUCGAGAUUUCGGGAACGACCUCACGAUCUGGACGACGCAUGGCGUUACAGCAAACAUCAGGCGGAAAGGCGUGUCCGAGGGCUAAAGGGGCUUUCUCCCGGAAGGGCCCUGGUCAGAUCAUUAGAUACUGUACCAGCCUCCGGGGUGUGCAGGAGGAGCGUUGUUUCUUCUGGCUCUGGAUAACUUGUUGGCACUUCCGGAUCUUGACCAUCCCAUCGAGAGCGUUUUCCGCCGCGGAACAGUACCCAAUCUCCCACUCCGCGCCUCGUUUAUGCUGGUGAUGUGUAUAGCCAUUUUAUAUAGUAAGAGAAAUAAUGACCCAUUCAAUAGCU